UAGCCGCAUGGUUUUUACGGUGUGUGCGAAACGGCGGAAAUCUCGACCACACGAACGGCCAGGAUGCACCGGUCAACGAUAGCCAAAUUCACCAAGUUCUCCGUCGAAGAACUACAACGGGCCGUCUGUGAUCCGUUGUCCUGUGUGGCAAAAGUGCAGUCCAACGAGAUCCUCGGUCUACGGCCCCGAGACUGCGACCAAAUCACCCGGGGCGUGCGUCGCUGCGUCACGGACAAAAUCGGCAGUUACCACCCGAAAGUGUCCGGUAUCGUGCUGGGAUAUGCGAAGAUUCGCAUCGAAAACACGAUGCCCGCGUUCCGGUCCGACAGCCCGUACCUGCACGUGCGGGCCACGAUCGACUACUUCGUGUUUCGGCCGCGGGUCGGUUCCACGCUGCGCGGUAUCGUGAACUACGUCUCGAAGGAUUUCGUCAGUGCCGUGAUGUUCCGGGUUUUCAAUGUCACGGUUAAGCUGACAAAGCCCCGGUCCGUGAAGAAGGGCUCGGAGAUCUCGUUCAUCGUGCAGUCUUGUGACAUGAAGAGCCAGCUACCGAUCAUCGAGGGCGAGCUGGUCACGCUCGGUAUCAAACAAGAGCCGGUGGAAACGGAGACAACGGUCACAUCUCCAGCUAUUGCUGUUGCUGCUGCGACAACUAACGGUGCAGAGAAGCGUCCACAGUCCACCGAAGAAGACACGGAAGAGCAGCCAACGCCGAAGAAGGCAAAAAAGGCGAUAAAACAAAAACCACAACCCAGCGAACCAACGGCAGUCAAUGGUUCGCCGGAAGGGAAUGAGUCGGCGGACGAUGAUUCGGCCGAAAAGUCCGAUUUAAUACGGUCACUAAUGGCUAGUAUGUUAGGUAAAUUGGGUAAGCGUAAAAGUAAAAAGAAAUCGAAGAAAUCAAAGGACAACGCGUCCAGCAGCAUUCUCGACGCACAGGAAGUGACCCUGAACGUAGACAUCAAGCAGGAACCAUCGAUACUGGCUGCAGCAGACCAAUCCACUAUUAUUGGUGCCUCGACCCCGAUCGUGAAGGAGGAGAAAAUAGAAAGCAAAAAACGGAAAAUCCGUUUCAACCUUCCUUCCGAGGAUACUCUAACGCCAAUCAAGACCGAACAUAGGAACGGUGGUGCAGUACUACAAAAUGGAAGAAACGGAAUUUAAAUAAACUAUCAAAGUCUACCCUCUA